GACAAAACAUACUUCUUAGUAUUUUCUUACAAAAAAUAUAUAUAAAUAUGGAAGAUCUGAAAAAUGUGUAUAUUAGCCCGUUGCCGGAUUCACCAUACGUAAAGCCAUUCCGCUUUAACUAUACACAAAAUGGGAAGGAGAAAACUUGGGACCUGCUGGAAGUUCAUGACAGCGUUGCUAUCGUAGUCUUCAAUGUUAGUAGGAAGAUGAUGGUUUUUGUCAAACAAUUUAGACCUGCAAUUUACUACAAUUGCAUCAGCCCUGAAGAUAGAAAGAAAACUACAAUAGACACGACCAAGUAUCCAGCAUCUCUGGGCUUAGCGCUUGAAAUGUGUGCAGGUAUCAUUGACAAAGAUAAAACUGUUGAGGAAAUAGCAAAGGAGGAGGUUCUGGAAGAAUGUGGAUAUGAUGUACCAUUAGAAAAACUUCACAGGAUUACUUCAUAUAGAUCCGGUGUGGGUGUACAGGGAGCCCUGCAGACAUUCUUCUAUUGUGAAGUGACAGAUGAUAUGAAAACUGAGAAAGGUGGUGGUGUUGAUGAUGAGCUGAUAGAAGUUAUAGAGAAGACAAUACCGGAAAUAGAAGAGAUGGUGAACUCUCCGGGCCCCAUUGCCAGUCCGCCCAGCUGUCUCUUUGCUCUGAUGUGGUUCCUACACUAUAAGGCAGACAAGUUUAGAAAAACUUUUGGCGGUCACUGUGCUGAAUGCAAGAACGGUCUUUUAGCUAAGAAAGCCUAGUUACUUCGUAAAGAA